UAUUCCGCCAUGUUCUGUGGCUGCGAUAAUUCCGUAAAGAUUCAUUAGUCGGAGAAAGUUCGAAAAACAAUUCUCAUUACGGUCUCUGUCCUACGUGUAAAUAAUGUACGGUGACAAGUGUUUUUUUUUCGUGAACCAGUGAUGUGAAUGAUUUGUGGGUACGCAGCACACCUGCCAGAAUUUCGAAUCCCAAGAAUAAGUCCGUGCGGGAUUGAGUGGCUGGUGGCAGAAGAGGUGCCGAGUCCAAGAUGCCGGGUCCACCGCCGCCGCCACCGCCCGGUGCGCCGCCCCCGCCAAUGCCCAAGUUUACGGCGCCGAGCGGCGGCGGGGCCGAUGCCAGAGGUGCCCUCCUCAAGCAGAUACACAAGGGUACCACCCUCAAGAAGGUCGUGACGAACGAUCGAAGCGCGCCCAUUGUUGGAAAAGUGUCGAACAACAAUAAUAACAACACAGGGACGAUUUCCUCUGGUGGUGGUUCCCACAAUUCGGGGCCGCACACUCCGAAGCCCAAUGGUAUGAUUGGAUUGGGCGGACUGUUUGCUGAUGGUAUUCCAAAACUGCGACCAACGGGAAAACUUACAAAUAGUCCGUUCUCGGAGAACGUGCAAAAACAGCCGGCCAUCAGACAAAACUCGACGCCGAUCGCACCGAAAAAUGAAAUUGUACAGAACAAAAUUAAGAAACAAUUAGCGACCAACGACAACAGAAAUCGAGGGCCACCACCGCCGGCACCCACGAGAAACUUCGGCGAUGAAUUGAAGUCGUCGGUGAUGUCACGUAACGGCCUGAACCAGAAUCACAUGAACCACUCCAUGCCUACUUUAAUAGCAAACUCCAGUUCGCUGCACCAGAGCAGGAGCAACACGAACCUGCACGGGCAAGACUACACGGACAGCUACAACGGCAUGCACCACAACCAAAACAAACCUGUGAUCAAUCAUGGAAAGCCCAACCUGGCCCCUAAACCGCCUGCUUCCACUGGUACCCUUCCGAAUAAACCCAAGAAGUUGGCAAUAAACGGUAAACCGGUGAACAGGGCUCACAGCAUGAAGAGCCCCCGUUCGCCUUCGCCCCAAUCACCGGACGCGCAGGCGCUGAAAUCGGUAAGCGUCAGGGACAUAUCGCAACAGCUGGCCGGGUCCGCCCUCAACCUGACCAAACCGCGGUCGUACAAUGGACGACCGAACGCGCCGCCUCCACAGGUGCCGACGACGGCGCCGCCCCUCCCACCUCCGCAUUCGCCGGGCGGCGCAGGCAACAUGUACCCCGCGCCGCCCAAGAACACCGUCAAGCCGCCCAACCACGCGCCUCCGCCACCUCCCUCUGUGGCGCCGCCUCAGGUGCCGAUGCACAGGUCGAACCGAGCACCGCCACCUCCACCCAGUCAUACGCAGAACGCGCCGCCGCCUCCGCCACGGCUCUCCAGCAUGAACAGGAACGUGGACUUUGAUGAACGGUUUAAGUUUAACUCGCCGCACCUGUUUCCCAGGCCGCCGCCUUUCAAGAACUUCCCCAAGUUGUACACCAACAAGCAAGCUGUUAGCAAACAACAGGCGCCUCAGCCUCCAUCUCUUCAGCCACGGGCCUGGAAUUCGACGUCGGCUUGCUAGCAUCAGGUUUCAUAGUCGAUUUCUCAUUAUUUAUCUUUAUGUUUUUGCUCAAAUAAGUGCAAUUAGUUCUUAUCAUCUGUUUUUCUCGUUAAAAAUAUUAUUUAGGCUCCAAAUUAGUACUGGACCGUAUUAAUUUAUUCGCUUAAGUUUACAUAUCACCUUUCAUUGUAUCAGCGUCUGUCAAUCAUUGUAUGUAAAUAAAAAACGUUUUGUACAACUCCUUUUAAAACAUUUUACAUUUGAAUAAAAGUCAUGUCACUUUUCUGUUAUUAUAGAGUAUUCGUUAAAAGUUUUAUGGAGUGUUAAUGAAAUCAAAACUAGUAUUAAAGUUGCUGCACACUGAUUUACGACAAAAUUUUGAUCUAAUUCUUCAGAGACUCGUAGUUAUUCAAUCAAAAAGACUAGGAGAACAAAAUAUUUUUAUAGAUUUCGAUAGAUAUGUGUAAAGGUUAAAUUUUACCUAGCAAGGUAUUGAUUAUAUAAAUUUAAGAGGUACAAAUAACCGUUGUAAGAGAAGGUUAAACAUCUCACGCAUUAAAGAUAUAUUUUAGUCUAAUAGGCUGUGGUAUAUUAUUAUAUUAUGAUGUAUAUGUUCACAUAACAUAGAUAUUAAUCUGGAUACAAUAAUUUAUUGUAGUUUGGUGAUGUUAAGUGAGAUCAACAAGUUACAGUUGAAUUCCUUUAGCAUCAGCAAUAAUACAGUUUUUGCUUUGAAUUUUUUUUUCAAGUUUGGUGGUAUGUAUAGGUAUGAGGUAUCAAGGAAAUAAGACUGUUCUCUGCUUUCAUAUAAGUGUUAUAAUGUAUUUUUCCUAUUUGAAGUUUGUUUUUGAGCAAUAAUUUUUACUCUUUGUGUAUUCAGUUCAAGUGAGAAUGUGUUCAGGUUACAGGAUGCAUGUUUCAGUGUAAAUGUGAAAACAUAGGGAACAAAAACAAAAAGGUUUAAUCGUUUAGGUACUUAUUUCUUCGAAAAAUACCGGAAUAUUUUAAGGAAAACGUUACUGUUAAAUUACCACCAGUUAGUAUUUUCGACAGUAUGAGUGUAUUUGUUUCAGGUACUUUAUUUAUUUGUUUUUGUAACUUUCUCAAACUUAUUUGUAGUUUUUAAGUAUUUUUAUUAUUCUUUAUUAUUAAUUUAAAUUAAAUAACUUGUUACUAGUUGCCUUAAAACAUUAUGUAAUUAAGUUAAUAUGUAACCAGGUAUUUUUAGUUUCAUCUUUUUUCAUUUUAUUGCGUCUGUUUCAGACGUGGCAUUUAUUUUAUUUCGUAUUUAUUAUUUAUACUUUUAAUUUUUUUACUAGUCACGUGUUUGUAUCUUCCAUUUAGAAAAAUUUCAGUGCCUAAAAUAUGUAUGUAUAUCGUUAAUAAUUUUAUGUAUAUAGAGCUGUAAAUACUAUUGUACAAAAUAUGAAAUCUUAAUAAAUAUUAAUGAAUAACAG